UGGAGGACCCAUAACCACGUCCAUCUUGGAGGAAGAAGGUCCCACCUUGAAGAUGAAGCUCUUCCUGUUUGCGGUUCCUCUGGCGUUCUUCUGCCUGGUCCAGGGCUUCUCCGAUGACCCUCAGCACCGGGAGAAGGCCGAAGGAAGCUGGGCGAACGCGGCCAUCUACUCCAACGACCCCAAGGUCCAGAAGCACAUGGAGAAGAUGAAGAUGCUCAAGGUGGACGUCACCUUUGAGGGAGAAGAUGUGGUGGUGGAAACUCGCAUUCCCACACCCCACGGCUGCAGAUCCUUCAAGAUGGUUUUCAAGAGAGGCGAAGACGGGAAAUACUACCACAAAUGCAAAUUCGGAGAGCAUAAAGUGGAGGUCAUAGAGACGGACGGCCAGACCUACGCCAUCGUCGACGUGAUCACCACCCGGGAUGGACAGACCUACCAGACCUCCACGCUCUAUGUCCGCGACGCCGAAUCCCAGCCAAUCGGGUUGCUGGAGCGCUUCCAGCAGCGCAGCGAAAACCGAGGCUUCACUCCGGAGCAAAUCAAGAUCUUCCCCAAGGAAAUGGCCUGCCAGGACGAAGCGGUGAGUAUCCCAAAUUCGGGUCUAUCUGGAUGGACAUUUCCCAUUUUGGGAAAUCUCAGGUCUAUCUUGUUGGACAUUUCCCAUUUUGGGAAAUGUCAGGUCUAGCUGGAUGGACAUUUC